CUUCAUCCCUUCCUCCGUCGACCUAUCUUCUACCCUGGCCUUCCUCCAGCAGACUAUCUUUGCCUUUUCCCUCCAUCAAGGGGUUGUGCUACUCCUGUCAAAUCCUCCACCAACAAUCGAUUACGUGCCGCAUGUUCGGGAGCACGCCAUGGCCGCAGCAACCAACGUGCGAUGGCUCAUCGGUGAGGGACACGACGCCCUGGAACAGGGUACCUCCUUCGGUAUCCCAUGGUCUAGAGGACAGCAUCAACCGGGUCAAAGGUUUAUUAUUGAAGGUGAAAAUGGUGAGAAAUACCCGCUUGACUCCCGGGAGCUGGCUUUCUGGGCAGACGGCUCCUUGAAAUGGACGGCGCAUUCGGUCAGUGGCCAUGUUAGCUAUAGCCACAGUUACACGGUUCAAGGGGCUUCCACCCAAGGUGAGAUAGAAUCAGGGAUUACUAUUGAGACAGGCUCCGGUGGGAUGGAGAUUGCGACGAAACUCGGGCUUCAGAUUCGAUUCCCAGGUUCAGGAGGCUCCACUUUGUUUGAAAGCGUGUCGGUAAAUGAUCGUGAGAUAUGUUCAGGUGCAGUAAUUGUCGCAUCUAUUAAUGGCAAGGAAUACAACACGACGAUCAAGGGAGUGAAUGUGGAAAACGUCACUGGUUCGAGGGCCGUCGUCAAGGCGUCCGGGGCUCUAGUCUCUGCUGAACAACAAGAGCAUCUGCCAUUCGACGCCAGAGUUUACAUCUACUCGCAUGCUCUACCACUCAAGAUCGUGUUCUCAUUUGUGCAUGAUCUGGACCCAGAAGAUCCCCUUGGAUCCCUAGGGCUUCGGUUCGCUAUACCUAUGGGCAGGGCUGAAUUGUACAACCGACACAUACGCUUCAUGGGCCAAAAUGAAGGAGCAUUGAAGGAGGCAGUUCAAGGGCUCACCGGACUGUGGCAUGGUCCGACUGAUCAGGAUAGGAUCGAUCAAGUGUCAGGAAACACAGUGACGCUAGCGGACAAUACGUGGUUAUCAUACGUCCCCUCUUGGAACGACUAUAGCCUUGCGCAGCUAUCAUCGGAUGGAUUCACUAUUAAAAAGCGCACAACGGAGGGCUGUUCGUGGGUUAAAGUUGCCGGAGGAACUCGAAGUUCUGGGUCUGUCUAUGUCGGGACAGCAGCAUCAGGAGGAUUAGCGGUGGGCAUGUCCGACUUUUGGGAACGGUACCCAACCCAAAUUGAUCUAGGAAACUUGACCACGGAGCAGGCAGAUAUAACAACGUGGGUGUAUUCACCGCUAGCGGAGCCCUUGGACACGCGCCCAUAUCACGAUGGUCUGGGACUCGAUACCUAUCGCAAGCAGCUUGACGCCCUCGAUGUCACAUAUGAAGACUACGAGCCUGGAUUUGCUACUGCUAAUGGCAUCGGCAGGACAAGUGUGUUUUUCAUCAGACCCUUUGUAAACGGAACACCUCCCGACAAAGAAUUGAGCACCUUUUCAUCCUUGGUGCGAAAUCCUCCCCGGCUAAUUUCCACAACCGAAUGGAUGUACCACGCAGACGCCUUUCAUGGCUGUUGGGCUCCUUCUUACCAGGUUUUGAAGCAUUCGCCAAUUAACUUGGAAGUCGAAAUCGAGCACAACCUUGACCUGCUCUUCACGUUCUACCGCCAGCAGGUAGAACAGCAUCGGUGGUAUGGUUUCUGGGACUACGGCGACGUGCAACACACAUACGACCCGUACCGUCAUUCCUGGCGAUAUGAUGUUGGGGGAUUUGCUUGGGACAACUCGGAAUUAUCGACCGACCUAUGGCUUUGGCUCUAUUUUCUCCACACCGGCAGAGCCGAUGUCUUCAAGAUGGCCGAGGCAAUGACUCGCCAUACGGGCGAAGUCGAUGUCUAUCACACAGGACCUUUUAAAGGCUUCGGAACCCGCCAUGGCGUUCAGCAUUUCAGCGACAGUUCCAAGCAGCUUCGCAUUUCCAACGUCCUCUAUCGCCGGAUUUACUACUACCUCACCGGCGAUGAACGGACGGGCGACCUGAUUAAGGAGCUUCAAAACUGCCAAGAUGUACUCGCGACGCUUGACUCCCACCGCAAAGUCCAAAAGCACGCCUCCAUUCCAGAAGGAUCCGCGAUCGCAAAUAUCGGUCUUGAUUGUGGCGCACUAAUUGCCUCGUGGUUGACGGCAUGGGAGAGACGAGUAACCGGGUGGUUGCAGGCAAAGGAACGCCUUCUGCAGAUGCUUAGCGGCAUCGCCAACCUUAGGCACGGCAUUGCAACCAAUGCAAUAUUGCUUGAUCUGCGCACCGGAGAAGUUCGCGAAUGCCCUCCCCCAACCCCGCCGUACGCUGUCAAACACCUGUCCAUGUUGUUUGGGUUCCCUGAGAUUGUGGUGGAGAUGUUGGAUUACGCCCAAACUGACUCCACAUCAACAAUGGCACAGUUUACGAAGGUCUGGCUCUCGUACUGCCGGGCCUAUAAUGGCGGCUCGGACGUUCAACGCCAGGAAUUUGGCUUUGAGUUUCCACCCCAGGCGACUUGGCGACAGAGUCAUUCUACACUUACUGCUUUUGCGGCGAGGCAUCAAGGUAGCAAAACUUUAGGUCAAACAGCAUGGCACCAGUUUUUGAAUACCGAUGGCUACACCCGACAUCAUCACUGGACUGUUGUAGAAACUUUAGGUCUUGCUGAUGGGGAAGAAGCUGCCUGGAUCACGACGAAUGAGGCAGCGCGGUAUGGCGUCUCGGCUAUAUUUAACCUGGCGAAUGUCAGGGAAUACCUUGAACUCGCUGAGGACCAAUCGGACUUGCGAGGACAUUGACUAUAUAAAUAAAUUUAUUUGGCUAUCGCUGUCGAAGUGCCGACC